CGUUGGCCAAACUAAAAAAUAGUGACAUUCUGACAUAACCCGGUGAUCGUCCAAACUAUUUUUUUUAAACCCAGUAAAUUUAUUAGCGAAAGCCACGAAACCAACUUGUUUGUGAUGUUAAAAACGAAACCGAACCGAGUCUGUGAUAUUUGAAAAUCUUCAGGAAUCAGUGUAGUGUGCGUGCAAAAUCCUAACCUAAAAUUAAAUUCCAUGGCCAAGAGAACAGCAGCGUCAGAGCUAAACCAUGAUAACUGGAACAAGGAGGAAGAACCAGAAGACGCGGGCACUUUUUCCAGAGCCAGCGAAGACGCCUUGAAAAAAAGGGUAAUCAAAGUCGCCAAGAGGCGAAACCCGUUGUCGUCGGUACAAAAUGAAGACGGAAAAAGUGGCGCUUUCGGGGGCUUCUCAGGGUUCGGGAAACCCCAAACUUCGAAUAGUACGUCGACCACGUUCAGCUUUCUCUCAACUCUGUCAAACCAAACUGAAACACCCAAGACAAACGGAACCACGGAAAAAAAGACGGAGGAGCCUCCGGAAAAAAAUCUAGAUGAGUAUUACGCGAAACUGAAAGGCUUAAACGAAAGCGUGACUGAAUGGAUCAAGAAACACGUUAGUACAAACCCGUUGAUUAACCUACAACCCAUUUUCAAAGACUACGAUAAAUACAUAAAUGAAUUAGAAAAAUUGAAAGCUCAAGCGACGUCAGGCAAAGCCGAGAAGAGCACUACGAGCACGUUCUCGUUUGGCGUAGCCCCAGCGUCCACGUCGACAUCGUCUAAAUUAUCCUUCGGUACCACCACCACCACAACCCCAAGCGUCGGUUUUUCAUUCGGGGCGACAACCGUCACUCAAAGCUCGACUAGUGACGCUUCCACAAAGCCAACUUUCUCGUUCGGAAGUUCAAGUAGCGACAACUCCGCGAAGCCAACUUUCUCAUUCGGAAGCGCGACGAGUUCAGAGAGCGGGAAAUUUUCUUUCACGAGUACGGUGGUCAAACCCGCGGAUCCUCCGAAGGACGAGGGCGCGGAGGAAGAGGAUGAGCCCCCGAAGGUCGAAUUUACGCCGGUCGUGGAAGAAGGGCACGUUUAUAGCACCCGCUGCAAAGUUUUUGUCAAGAAGGACGGGAGUUUUGGGGAUCAUGGUGUCGGGACUUUGUAUUUGAAGCCGGUCCCGGAUAGCGCCAAGGUUCAGCUGAUCGUCCGCGCCGACACCAAUCUGGGGCGACUGCUUUGCAAUUUUAUCCUGUCGGAAGGGAUUCCCAUGCAGAGGAUGGGGAAGAAGGACGUGAUGUUGGUGUGCGUUCCCAAUCCAGAGAUGCAACCACCACCAGUGCCCAUUUUGCUACGGGUUAAAUCUCCAGAGGAUGCUGAUGAGUUGUUGAAAGAGUUGCAGGAGCGUAAGAAAUAGAUAGGGGGGUUCAAUAAAAUUUUUUUCAAGUA